GCAACAUCUCAGUGAAAUGGGCCACAGCAAAAAUAGCUUUGAACAGAGGAGCUGCCCACACCUUGGAAAGGGAAAGGAGAUUCUGUCUGCGACCUCAAGCAGCAUGUGAAUGUUUCAAUGUACCUUUCAGUGUGGAGGCUUGGGGGAGGGUUCCAAAAGGAUGCUGCCUGGAUUAGAGGGUAUUAACUGUAACAAGAGGCUGGACAAACUCCGGUUGUUUUCUCUGGAGCGUCAGAGGCUGAUAGAAGUUUAUAAAAUUAUGAGAGUCUUAGACAGGGUAGACAGCCAGAAUCUUUUUUCCCAGGGUAGAAAUGUCAAAUAUGAGAGCGAGUAGCUUUAAGGUGCAGAGAGGGAAAGUUUUUUUUGACACAGAGUGGCGGGUGCCUGGAGUGUGCUUCCAGGGGUGGUAGUAGAAGUAGAUACAACAGGAGCAUUCGAGGUUUUUAGAUAGACACACGAAUAUGCAGGGAUAUACUGUGCGCAGGCAGAAGGGAUUAGUUUAAUUUGGCGUCCUGUUCGGCACAGAUGUGGUGGACCGAAGGGCUUGUUCCUGUGCUGUACUCUUCUACGUUCUAUGUUCCUUGUCAAACUCGAUAUUUGAAAGUCUCUGUUCGUUGCCAUCUCAGACAGGGAAACAAUGUACUUCUCGUGUAUCAUUAUCUCAACGUGAGCCCCUGGGCUGCAGAUCUCUGUCCAAUUGCAACAGGGAAACACAGCCCAAUUAGUCCAAUGUCACGGGACAUUCGUUCUGACUCUCCGUGGAAAACGUGGAAAUUUAGGCUGAUAAAUUGACUCAAUCUGCAUGUUUCUGGCCGGGUGGCUGCAAAUCGGGUAUAAAAGGUGAUGAGGGCGGUGCUAGGACAUGGUUGUGUUGGUCAGCAUAAUGUGGGUGUUUAAGCAUUUGGGGCUUCUGCUGUUCUUAAUUGGAGUAGGUUAUUGUUCCAAUGUUUGGAAACAGUUUAGAGGUCAGCGGUUUCCAUGGAGAAAAGUGAAACCCAAUGUUGCAACUGCUUUUGGUUCUCAAUUCCGAACGCUUGAGGUGCAGAGUGUUUCUCCGUUGCGGACUGUAACGGUGGAGUGCGGGGAGGAGAACUUGUUGGUUAAGGUUCACCUGGAUUUAUUUGGAACUCGGCAUCUCGUUAAAGCAGCAGAUUUAACGUUGGGGACAGCAAACUGUCGGCCAAGCAGAAUUUACGCUCGGAACUACACUGUUGUCUUUAACUAUAGACUCCACGAGUGUGACAGCAAACUACAGAUGGUUGGAGAUUACCUUGUCUACACCACCCACCUGAACCACACACCUCAGGCUCACGGAUCGAUCAUUGCGCGCACUAAUGGAGCAAUCGUUCCCAUUGAAUGCCGUUAUUUCAGAAAAGGUAACGUGAGCAGUAACCCAAUAAAACCCACCUGGAUCCCGUUCAGCUCCACCAGGUCCAGAGAGGGGCAUCUAUCAUUCUCACUGCGGCUAAUGAAUGAUGACUGGCUAACAGAGCGCAGGUCGACCACGUACUACCUGGGUGACCUCAUUCACAUCGAGGCUUCUGUUUCAAUGAUUAACCACAUGCCCCUGAAGCUCUACAUUGACCGCUGUGUAGCCACAUUGAGCCGGGACAAGGACUCCACCCCGAGAUACAACAUCAUUGAUUACCAUGGUUGCCUCCUGGACAGCGCGGUUGAGGACUCGUUUUCUACCUUCGUGUUGGGGGGAACUGAACGUGAGGUGGACAAGCUCCGCUUUGACCUGGAUGCCUUCCGCUUCUUUGGAGAUGAACGUUCUUUGAUUUUCAUCACUUGUCGCUUAAAAGUUGCUGCAAUUGAUCGGAGAGAUUCCACGACCAAAGCUUGCACUUUCCAGAAGGUGCAGAAUAUGUGGACCCCACUGGAAGAAUCGAGCGUCGAUAUCUGUGCCUGUUGUGGUGUGGGCGACUGCACUGCCACAAAGGAGGGUCUGUUUCCUUCCAGAGGACGGAGGGACGUUCAGCUGGAGGCUGAGAAAAAUGAAGUCAAGUGGGAGGGUGAGGUCUCGCUGGGACCACUAAUCAUUCUGGAUCCUGAUGUGAUCAGCCCGGGAACCGAGUCGCUGAAUGAGUUUCAGCAGCGCGCCGUGGAGAGGGCUCCAGGGGGUGUGGUAUCGGAGGUGGUCCUGGUCGUGGCCCUGUCUGUGACGGCUGUCUCUCUGAUAUCUGCGACUUCAAUCGUCCUGUUUCUGUACAAGAAACGCAAGCAAACUCGGUGCAACAACUUCAACUAAGCAAUAAAACCCAAUUGUUGGAUUCUCAA